GGAGGAGCAGGCCGUUUUCCGGCGGAAAUCGUACGUAUAGCAUUGUCUCAUACUAUAGAAACUCGCAGAUCUCGUUUGAGUUUACUCGCGAUAUUGGCUACCUCACAUGGCUGGAAAUUACUUUGUUCUCUAUGUGUUGUAACAAGAGUACGAGUUGCCUCGCCGCCGCCACCACUGAAGGACUUAGGGGAAUUUGAAAGGUCGAGGCCGGUCGCCGCCAUGCCCAAGAAUAAAGGUAAAGGAGGUAAAAAUAGGCGCAGGGGUAAGAAUGAGAAUGAAUCUGAGAAAAGAGAAUUGGUGUUUAAAGAGGAUGGGCAAGAGUAUGCUCAGGUAAUAAAAAUGUUGGGAAAUGGACGAUUAGAAGCAAUGUGUUUUGAUGGUGUAAAGAGAUUGUGUCAUAUCAGAGGAAAAUUAAGGAAAAAGGUUUGGAUAAAUACGUCAGACAUUAUAUUGGUUGGUUUACGAGAUUACCAGGUAACAAUUGCAUACUCUUAAAUUUGUACCUUUUUCUUGCAUUUAGCAUUUAAUAAGUCAUUAAUGUUUAGAACAUAAAAUAUUUGACCAAUUCUAGCCUAUUCUGCCUCCUGUUAAUCAGUGUUUAUUAUGGGUCAGUUGUCAUUGAGAUUAUGUUUUUCCUAAUUUACACAGUUAUUUGAUGAUACAUAUAUUUUAUGGGUAUGUUUUUACAGGUUUGGAUAAAUACCAUAGCCCAUUCUGUCCUCAUUCAUCUUAAGGCCACUUAUAUUAUAGGCAUUGUGCUAGGUAUUCCAGACUGUCUCAUUCCCGAAUACCAGUUUGUAAAGUAUUAUUGGAGGCUGAUAUUUUCACUGUUCUGUGGUGAAAUGAGAAGAUAUCCAGGUAUUGUAUAUUUCAUGAAGCAAAAUCGA